AUGUCUAGACUCAUUUGCUUCCAUUCAAUUUUCCAGCGAGUGGGGUCCACGCUUCCUUAUGCCACCACUUGGACGGUUCUUUUAAUUCUUACUGCCGUGUUGGCGUCGUUGGCACCCGGCGUGGCUUUUAUGUUUGCCGUGUCACAAUUUUCGAAGCCUUGUCACCAUCAUGAGUUUGUGAGGAUUCCGUUUGAUUCUCCGACGGAGAUGGUUUGCUUGCCGGGACAUGCGGUGGUUAGCGUCUCGCAGUUUGAUUUCUUCUUGCCUACUUUGUUUGCUGCUUUGGUUGUUUCUGCUUCAACUCUUCUGCUUCGUUCUGUGCUCUCUACAUGA